GGAUUCUGCCGCACCGGCUCAAGCCUGAGAUCACAGCCGGUACAACUAACAGAUCUCUCUCUCUCUCCUCUCUCUCUCUCUCUACUUUGCUUUCACUGAGCAGUCCUCCAGACCACCAAACAGAUCAUUCAUUCAUACCUUCCACUCUCUCUCUAGAAAUUUCCAGGGUUUCUCUCUCUAUAUGGAGUUGUAAAUUCCACCAAAUCCUUGGACGCUGUUACGAUUUUAGUGCAUAAUUAUUUAUUCAAAGCGGUAAUUUCACGCCAAAGUUUCCAUUCAUCGCCACUCUUCUUUGUCUCUGUUUUUGUCCGUUUCGCUCUGGAAGAGUUUCUUCUUCUGCGGAACAGAAUAAUCGUACCUAAGCUUUGGAUGCAGAGAAGUAUUACUUUUGAAUUUUGAGUAUUGUAACGAAGAGACAUGAGUACGAAACUUUUGAAUAUCCAGCCCAAGGAACUACAAUUCAUAUUUGAAUUGAAGAAGCAAAGUACGUGCACAGUUCAACUAGCCAAUAACACCCAUCAUCAUGUUGCCUUUAAAGUUAAAACCACAUCUCCUAAGAAAUACUGUGUUCGACCAAAUGUUGGGAUAAUUUUGCCAAAAUCAACAUGUGACUUUUCAGUUAUAAUGCAAGCUCAACGGGCUGCCCCACCUGAUAUGUUGUGUAAGGACAAAUUUUUAAUUCAAAGCACGAUUGUUCCUUCAGGGACAACAGAAGAGGACAUCACUGCAAGUAUGUUUUCAAAAGAUGGAGGUAAGUAUAUUGAAGAGGAUAAGCUCAAAGUGGCGCUCAUUAGUCCUCUGAAUUCCCCAAUACUCUCACCUACUGAUGGAGAAUUGGAUGAAAUCAUGGAUGGAAUUGUAAAACCGAGUGGGAAAAGUGGACCAUUAAGAGAUGGGCUGGCCACCAAUGAAAUUCCAAAGCCGAAAUAUCAAAAUGGUGCAUCAGAUGAGAUGCUUCCCUCUGGGGUUUCAACACUAAGACCCUCAAAUGAGGGGAUGACUCAUGAGGCUUCAAGACUCAAAGAUGAUUUUGUUGCAUCGAAGGGGGGGCAGCCGAUUGAAGCUUCAAAACCAAGUGAUCAAAAUGGAGAAUUGAGGGAGGAGGUUCUGCUCCAUCAGACUUCAAGAUUGAAGGAUCAAAAUGGAAUAUCAAAGGAGGAGAUACCUCGUGAAGCAUUAAAACCGAGAGAUCAAAAUGGAUCAUCAAAGGAGGAGGAGUUGACUUUAGAAGCUCCAAAAAAAAGAGUUCAAAAUGGAGCACUGGAGGGGCAAGGCUACGAAACUUCACAUCUGAAGGAUCCAUUAUCAAGCGGAAGUGUAAUUCAACCUCCAGAAUAUGUAGCAGGUGUGGAUAAAUCCCAAGAGCUAAACAAUAGCACGUCGAGAUUACAAAAGACUGCUGAGAUAAAGCAAGCAGCAGAAUCGGAGCUGAUGACAGUGAAAAAAUCAGAUCGGCUAAAGUUAGUAAAGGAUAUUGAUGAGAUGAAGUCGAAGUUAAAUGAAAUUGAAUUAAAGCUCGGUGAGGCUCAAGGUACCAUUUCAAUGCUGUCUGCGGAGAGGAGAUCAAGUGCUCAAGAAGUAAAAAUCUUGAAGGACAAAAUGAUGGAAUUGAGUAGGAGAGGUAGGGUGAGGAAUCAAGUAGGUUUUCCUCCUCUGUUUAUCUGUAUGGUGACACUUAUCUGCAUCGUGCUCGGAUAUGUUUUACACCAUUGAAGAACCGUUUGCGUCGUGCCUGAGAGAUUGAAGGCAAGGUGUGGACGGCGGAGGGGAGGAAGAAGUGAUGAGGAUUGCAGAAAACAUGUAAAGGAAUUUCUUACUUAUGUAGAUAGAGUGGUAGGUAGCGAGCUGUGUGUUGUCAAUAAGAAUAGGCCACAUUCGCAACACACCAAACAAUGCACAUUUUGACUCUGGAUAACUAGAAGUUUGCUGCUGCUUUUUUAGUAUGCAAUUCAGAUUUUGGGUAUAAAUAAAUGUAGCGUGCUCAUCUGCUUUUACUAAUGUUUGAAGAUAAAUGGUGAUGGUUGACCAAA